AUGGCGAAGUUCCAUGACUUAGCUACUUUAACCACUCGGUGAGGAGGAUUCAGAUAUUACCUUAUAUGUCCUCGUGCUCAGAAAAUAGUGUGGGAAUUUAAAGAGACAAGAAUUAAAAUUGGUUAAUUGCACGAGUGUCAUGCGGAUGGAGAGUAGGCGGAAAAUCAAUGAAGAGUGAAAACAAAAGGACGUAUUUCCAUAAUAUUCCAUUUUAUUUAUAUGUAUGCAAACACGUAACUUUCGCACACCACAAACUGUCAAGCUGGCAACCUAAGAAGAUCUCUAGUGGAAGUGUUGGUGACUAUUCAAGUAUUCAUAACAAGUUAAGUAUAUGUGUAUUUACAAAUUGUUUAAGGGACUGAUUAGCACUUUAUUAUCAUAUACAGCACAUUUAAUAAGCAUUAUUAAAGUCUCAUGUCUCACUUCAAUGCAACCUUUUGAGACCAGCUUCUAUUAACGCGAUAAGUCCGGGAUUUAAGCCUAUAUAGCUGGGACACAUUUUCUCAUCAUAAACAAUGAAACUAUGCACACGUUGGUUGUAGACCCUUGUUGUAUGAAAUUUUUUAGUCAUUCGUUUUCAUUAGUUUUCUUCUGAUAUCAUUAUUCAAUAUAAUAUAAUUAUUCGUUUCUUUCUUAGUAAGCGAAUUGCGAAAAAUCCGGCACUAGAAAAUCCAAACCAAGAAGGAAUAUCUGUACCUGCAGGUAAUAUUCGUAGUGAUCGUUACCUCAAGCUAACCCUUAAUUUUAACCUGCUAGCCUUUAACUUGUUUUAAUUCUUGAUUGAGUCGGUUUUCUUUCAUGUGCACUUUGAAUAUUAAUUAGCUGAAAAGAUGUAGGAAAAUUCAGAAAAUAGUCGUUCAAAGAAGACGACACUGACGAAACUUUGUUGGAAAACCUCCUCGAUCAAGAUAUAAAUAUGAUAUGCACUUCGAAAGUGGGAAAGAGAAAAGCCCUCCUUCUCGAUGUUUAUCCUAUACAUAAUGUUAUUUAAAACAUGUUAAUUAUUUGUCAAAAAUUUCAAAAGGAAGCUCUAGCCUAUAUGAAAAAGAAAAAGUUAGAGUACAGUAUAAAUUAGAUAGGAUUUAGUUUAAAGUUUGAAAAUAAACAUGUAUAAAUCUCUCAUAAAUUAUGUUUCACUUUCUGUGGACAAAGACUUCCAGUGAACUAACUAAUUGUCUUCCAGGAAUAUCGCAAACGCUCACAGUAUGGGUGCACAUAUUUCAUGCUAAUAUAUAAGUGAUAUCAUAAUGUAAUUAUCACAAACACACAAAAUUAAAGUAAUACAGUCGUGAGAAAAUGCCUAUUUAAGAGGGCCUUUUGCUGCAUCUUUGUCAAACAGUUUGCAAUAUGCAAUAACUAUACGGAAAUAAUUCUGUAAGACGUCAGAUUUUAAUUGCCGUUUCAUCGUUUCGUUCCGGCAGCUUCCAGUAGAGAUUUUUAGCAGUGUCAUUCUGGCAACCUCAUAAUUCACUGAUUUUUAUUCUAUUUUGCUCUUAUGAAACAUAAUUUUGGAAUAAACCACCAUGGAUGCAACAACCACGUUGACAGAAACGCGAAAAUUAAUGUUACACGUACGGUAAGACAAAGAACACAAAACCUCGAAAAUAGAUAGCUAACUUUCGAACAAAUCUGGGUCGGGUUUCUAAAAUAAGCUUAAUAGUCACCAUAAAAGUGGCUAAAAUUUAAAGAUAAUUUAUUUACAAACCUAAAUUGAUUGGUCGGUUUUUAACGACCCAGUCUCUGAACUAUUUUUCCAUCCUGGUAUUAUCUCUAGCUAUCGCUACAAUUUGGAAAUGACUCUGAAAUCCCAGUUUUUUUUAAGAAAUGAUGGAAUGCGAAAGAAAACCACGAAUAAUUCUUCAGGGCGGUAUGUAUACUGGUUUGGAAUGUGGUGAUCCAGAAGAGUUCAUGGACGCGCUGAAAGGAGCUACGAGGAAUGGAUAUGACGUUCUGAGAGUAAGAUACUGUAAACCUUAUAGAGUAAUUAAUUUUCCUGGAGUAAAUUUCCUGUAAAUUUAUUUAUCCUGCCAGUGUAAUUUAAUAUGUGAGCAAGCGAUACCUAACUGCAGAAAUUUACCAUUAGCACCUUCAGGAUGUUAAAAGUAUACUCUAGCUACAUAUUCUGGGGGGUGUUUAGAUAUUCUUGCCCGACAAAAGGGCGUGCUUGCCAAUCAAUCCGUUAUGGAAUUCGUGAACUUUUCUACCUUUACUUCUUCAGAUGACUUCAGCUGCUUUGCCCGAUAUACAGCUCAAUACUAGGCAAAAUUGCCUCUAG